AUGGGCUCUCAAGACUCCAGCCGUUACGGCUCAGGCCGCUCAAGCCCACGAGCCAUCCCUUCCGUCCGGCUUGACCCAUCCGCUGGCCCCGGCUUGACCUGGGCGGCUGGAUAUGGCAGAAACAAUAGCAGCACACGAAUUACCUCAAGCACCCAUAGCGCCGGCGAUGACGGGCUUCUCUUCCCCUUGGACCCCGAACCCUGGCGGAACCCCUUCUCGACGCGGUCGCCACCUCCCGCAUACCCCGGACGUGGAGCAAGCAGCACAGCAGCAGCUUCGGGCUCCUAUUCCGGUGCCCCGUCCGGUAACCCAAGCCCCGCCGGAUCCUUCAACCACUCCAGGAGCCCCACCGUGGCAGGCUCAACUUGCUCGUCGUCGACGUCCUCCGCGCUGGGCUCAUACUCCUCCCUGCUGAACCCCUACCGACCAAGCACCCGCCGCCUCAGGGAGCGGGACAGAACAACAACAACCUCCUCCCGCCGGUACGGCUCGCCGUCCCCCUUCCGCCUCCCUUGCCCCCUCCCAGAAACCCCGCGAGCCAGGUCCCCAACCACUAGUACUAGUACCGACCUAUCCUCCCGCUACAAUCCCAACAGCAGCCGCCACCCCCGGCCCCGCAACCGUGACCGCCUGCGGGGCUACGGAACCUUUGACUCGCCACAGGGAAGCGACAUAUCCCGCAGGUCGUCGUCGAGGCUGAGCCGCGCCAGCACGGCGGUCGAUGAUGAGCCGCCGUCGCCGUCGAUCUACGCGGCUUCGCCGGCGGCGCGGUCGUAUGCCGACUCCACCGCGCCGGGGUACCGCGAUCCGAACCCGGGGUAUUACAGUCCUAUUGUGGAGUCGCCGGCGUUUGGGAGUAGUCCGACCAGGUGGGCGAGGGCGCCGGGUAGGAGGGAUAUGGAUAGCAGGCGGGAUAGGUCGUCUAGGGGAUACACGGUUUAG